AUGCAACUCUCUCUUUACAUUCUUACUGCCCUGAGCGUGGGUACUGCCACUACUCUGGCGGCUCCUUUCCCAGGGACAGAAGUCAGUGCACAGAGUUCUGCCACAUAUCAUUGGCACGGGUGUGGCUCAGUCGGCAGUUGCUCUAGCGAUGGCGAUUGCCAGGUUGACGAGAACUGCCUGAGCAUGGCACAGAACGAGACUAGUCAUGUCCACUGCGGACAGGAGAACCAUCCUACUGCAUGUUGGGCUGUAAGUGCCAUUAUUGUCUAUAUCACCUCUUGGAUCCUCCGCUGA